UGGGCGGUUCCAGCACCUGCUCCUCAGCCCAGCCCCGGGGCCCGGCCCCGCGCCCUGUAGAGUAGCCCCGGCCAUGGGCUCCCACCCGCCGCGCCAGCUGCUGCUGCAGUUCGCCGCCGGGGCGUUCCAGGCGCCGAGCUUGGAGCGCGCGGCCGAGCUCUGCGGGAGCCAGCUGCAGGUGGAUGCCCCGAGCCUGCUGCCCGAGUGGCAGGCGCUGCUCAAGCGGGCCGAUGCGCUGGCCCACGGGGGCCGGCUCCACGAAGCCUUCCAGCUCUACCAGUUGGUUUCCUGCCACCAGCAGCUGCGGGCGGAGCAGCUGGAGAAGCUGGUGGAGUGCCUGGCGCAGGGCAUCCGGCUCCGAGAGCAGCUGCCCGCCUGCUGUAGCGGCGGGGGCAGCCUCUUGCAGCCCCGGGACUGGGAUAUAUUCAGCUGUCGCAAAUGCCAGGGCUUCCUCUUCGAGCCUGUCUCUUUGCCUUGCGGACACACGUUUUGUAAAAAGUGCCUAGAGCGGGACAGGACCACUGAGUCCCACUGCGCCCUGUGCAAGGAAGAGGGGAGGUUGGCGGCUGGGCAGCACCUCCGCGUCAAUGUCAUCCUCAGCAACCUGCUGGCCAAGUGGUUCCCCGGCCAAGUGAAGGCAUCGCAGCUCAGGCACGAAGGGAACCUCCUAUAUAAGGAAAAGAAGCCGCAAGCUGCCCUGCAGAAGUACAAUGAAGCAGUCAGCCUAGCUCCAAAUGACCAUUUAUUAUAUAGCAACCGGUCCCAGAUUAACUCUACUUUGAAAUCUUAUGAAGAUGCACUGCAUGAUGCAGAAACAGCAUGCAGGCUCCAACCAUAUUGGUCAAAGGGUCACUUAAGGAAAGGACAAGCAUUAGCUAAUCUGGGGAAAAUAGAAGAAUCUUUAAGAGCGUUUCUAUUUUGCCUUGCCCUGGAUUUUGGGAACAGGACAGCCAAAUCAGAGGCUCAAAAGCUUCUACUUAAUUUAUUUUCACCCAUCCCGGGAAAUGCUCAGGAACACUUACCUGAUAUCCUGCAGGUGUUGUCACCUCACUCUAGAUUGAAGGGGAACCUUCUAAAUUCAGUGGGAUCUGCAGACACCAGCCAUAACUUACAAAGGUUGCUCAAGGUAAAUGUGAAACAGAAAAGGAGUUUUCCUGCUCAGGAAGAACAAAAAAUGAGUGACUGUGGCAGUCUGAGAAAAUCCAUUCAAAUGAUUGAAAGUAAAAAAGGCUGCUCAGAAGAUGAGAACAAACAUGCUUCUGCCCCCGAGUCUGCUGUUCUCAUUUCUGAGAAAUGCAGCCUUCUGAAGAGAAAGCACUGCUCUGAGGAAAUGAGAAGUGAUGAGGUGGCCUGCAAACUCAUGAAGAAAGGUGCAAUUGAUACGAAGGGAUCUAGUGCUGGGUGCCGCGUUCCAUUUGAAUUUGUGGACCCCUCUGACCUGGAUUGUUCUUUAUGUAUGAGGCUCUUUUAUGAACCUGUCACCACACCUUGUGGGCACACCUUCUGCCUGAAAUGUCUCGAAAGAUGCCUAGAUCACAAUGCAAAAUGUCCCCUGUGCAAAGAAGGUCUUUCUGAGUGCUUGGCUUUGAGGAAAUAUUGCAAAACGGUAAUGAUGGAGGAAUUAAUAGCGAAGUACCUUCCAGAGGAACUCACUGAGAGAAGGAAGAUUUAUGAAGAGGAAAUUGCAGAGCUUUCCAACUUAAAUAAGAAUGUUCCCAUCUUUGUCUGCACAAUGGCCUAUCCUACAGUCCCUUGCCCUCUGCACAUCUUUGAGCCAUGUUAUCGACUGAUGAUUCGAAGAUGCAUGGAGACUGGCACCAAACAAUUCGGAAUGUGUAUUGGUGAUCCUGUUAAGGGGUUUGCUGAUUAUGGCUGCAUUCUGGAGAUAAGAAAUGUUGAAUUCUUUGCUGAUGGUCGCUCUGUUGUAGACAGCGUCGGCAAGAGGAGGUUUAAAGUGACAGAGCACAGCCAGCGUGAUGGAUACAACACAGCAGAUAUUGAAUACAUUGAGGAUCAGAAGGUGCAAGGAGAGAACUAUGCUGAGUUACUUGUUCUACAUGAUUCUGUAUAUGAUCAGGCUUAUAUGUGGUUUAACUCACUCAAACAACCACUCAAGAGUCGAAUUCUCAGUCAUUUUGGUCCAAUGCCAGCUAAGGAUCCUGACCCACAGGCUAGCCCCAAUGGCCCUGCGUGGUGCUGGUGGGUCCUUGCUGUCCUUCCACUUGAGAGUAGAGCUCAGCUCCCAUUUCUUGCCAUGAAAUCCCUGAAAGACCGCUUGAAUGGCAUCAGACGUGUCCUUACGUUUAUGUCCCGUACAAGGUCACGAUGAUGCUGAGAACGAGCUGUGAAGCCUCUUGCAAUACUUGACUGUGGAGUCUCUCCUGUAACUAUAUCUAACUGCAAUAAUGUCUUACGGAUUUGUGUGUCAAAACAGGACAAGUCUGAAGUCUAACUUUCAAAGGAAAUAAAAUAUAAAGAGCCAAGGAUAUUUACAGAUCAUUGUGUAGUAUCCAUCUGGAUCUCUGAACUUUCUUGAGACGAGUAUUCAAUUGCUGCACUGCUAGGCUGGUGUCAUCGGUGUUAUAACAGAACAAAGUGAUCUUGUUUGCCAUAAACUUUUUUGAAAGUUUGAGGUGGGUUUUUUGUAGUAGUAGAUAAAUGAAAUCUGUGCAGUUUAAUGUGAAAGAGAAAUACUGAUAGUGUUAAAGCAUUAUUUCAAUGAACUGCAGAGUCUUUUAUUCCAAGUGGUUCAGGUUUAUAUAGCACUGUGUAUUAUGUCCACAACUUGUGUUUGAUCAUUUAUUUUUGCACUACAAUGUCUUUUUUUGGUUUCCAAAUGUAUAUUGUAAUUAUUUAUGUGUACAUUCUCUACACAGAAAGUAAGCUGCUUUAUUUAUUUAUGGGAUCUUACCAUGUAUGAAUGACUAGGGGGAAAGAUAUUAGGAAUACACAAGCGACUGCUUCCAUCAUUUUUCAAUACAUUUAUGUUUGAGUACUUUGAAUGUUUGUUUUUCUACUAUCUCCAGUGUUCUAUAUUCUAAGAAGGAUUGCCCCAACACAGCCAGCCAUGAAUAUGCAGGCUUUGUCUGAAAUAAUUCAGUCAGUUGCUGGGUAGAGCUUGAUCCUACAAUCUUAACUUGGCCCCCAGUCAAGCAAAGCACUUCAGCAUAUACUGAAGUGUUUUGCUGAUUGGGGCUUCGGGUAAUAAACUUCAGCUGGGUUUGCCCAGAGAUGACUGAAGGAUCCAGCCAUUAACUUUGCACAGAUAUAAAUAAUAGCACUAUGCAGCAGCUUGCGGUGAAAUGUUGUAUUUGAAUUGCUAUGAGCGUAUCACAGCUACCUACAAAUACAAAGCAGGAGUCGAUUGGUAUGAGAAGCAACUUUUCACAAAAGAGACCUAGAAAGAGGUAUUUCACUUCAGGUUAUUCGAGAAAUUCUUUGUAUCAACCCUAUUAAAUGUUAAGAUCUUAUGUUUGUAAUUAAUACUAUGAUUUGAUUUAAUUUAUGCUAUGAAGGGCUCCAGGAGGGCUCACGAGAAGGAAGGUAUUUUAAUAAACUUUCUAUUUAUUCCACCUCAACCUCCAGGUUUUUCCAUUAGCCAUAAGUCUCUACAUGACCUCUGCGUGUCUCCUGUUAGAGACUGUGAACAGCUUGAUAGCUAAUGGUUAAAACCCAAAAGGCAAAUGAAAAUGGGGCUUCGCUUCACUUUUUUCUGCCUCUUUUGCUCUGUGUAACAUAUUUUGGGCCUGAUCUUGCUUCCAUUAAAGUCAGUUGGAGAUCUACCAUUGACUUAAGUGGGAGCAAGCCUGGGUCUUUGUAUCUAAACUAUGGAUUUCCCUCUUCAGAGAGCAAGUAGGAUGGAUGAGAGUUCAUGAUAUUGCCCAGAAUAGUAUUUAUUUCAUACCCUUCUGGAAAAGUCCUGUAGAAUUUAGUAGAAUAUUGUCAUCUUUCCAUAGGUUUUUAAAAUCAUUUUAGUUUGAGAUAAUUUAUUUCAGUUUUAUAGUUUUUAGAUCAAUUUAUGAACCCUGUUAAGUUUCUGUAGAAUGUAAUUUGUUUCAGCCCUAUUAAAUUCUGUGGCACUUUCCUUUAAGUGCCAUAGAAACAAAUGGUCACACAUUUCAGUUUUCUGUCUAGUGAUGCAGAUUGAAAGUAUGUUUUGUUUUUGCUUUAGCUACUUUGUAAAUAUUACAGGAAACUCAUUUCCAUGCUGUUAGAUUGCCACACUUUUCUGUGGAUGGUACUGUGCCUGUUUGAGAAUACAGUAUAGGGCUUCUGUUCUGGGGGUUUAUUCACUUCAUUUUUUGGCAUUUGUUUUGAGUUCUAUGAAGAUAUCCAAACAUGGGGGUUUUCUCUUUGUAUAUACACUAAUACUGUUUCAAACAGCAUUACCUUAAAGGACAUUAGGGAGCCUUUAGUGUGAAUCAGCCAGGUCUGUAUGGACCAAUGAAUGUGCAAUAUGUUACUGAACUUCAGAAAUCACACAUCCAGAGUUCACAUUACUGCUUUGUGUUGGCAGGCCCUUACAAGCCAGUGAGCAGGGAUAUCACCUAUCUAAACAAACUGCACUACGAAAGGGGUGAAGUCAACAUGAAUUGAGUAACCAUUUCCAAUGUUUUUUCCAGAGUUUAUUGGAUAAACACCAAUCUUUUUUUAAUUGGGAGUGUUUUAUCCAUGUCUGUUAAAACCAAAAAUCAGAAGCCUUACGUAUUAUGAACACCCAUUUUAAACAGUAAACUGCAUGGUGGCUGCUGUCUGCUAUGGAAUCUGUCUUCAUAAGGAAGAAAACAGAUAAGUCACUUCACAAAGAGUGAGUUCUCAUCUUAUUUGCAGGUGGAGUCACAUCAAAUGCAAUUUUGACCUAUGCCAUUUCUGUAUUAGUAACGUAUAACAUGAGACCAGUCCUACUCCCAUACAAGUUAGUGGAUGUUUUGGUCCUCACAUCCAUAGGAGUAGGAUUCAGUCUUUAAGUAUCUUGUAUUUUGGGGCUGUUUUCUCACUGAUCUUAUUGCUCUGUUCUGCAUGCCAAACUUCUGUUACAUGUAUUUGUGUUACUGGUUCGCAGAUAACUAGGAAGAGUCCUUUAAUUACACUUGGCUGGUGGAUUUUAAAAGUAGGCAUUGUCCUUUCCAUCACCCUCAAGGUGAGUGGAAACCACCAAGUUUCAACUCUCGGAGUUAAUUAUGAUAACAUCUACCAGUUUCUACCUAUACCACUGCGUAGUGUUUGUUUUUUGAGAUGCAGUAAAUUUGGCAUCUUGUCUGAAGUGUGAGAAAAUAGCUCUAACAAUACCUUCACUUAAAUUUCAUAACUACAUUGAUCUGAUAGUAUACUUAUUAUUCUUGCCAUCAAGUUGUCCCCAUAACUAGGUGUACUGACCUACUGUAGAAUAAAAACAAUCCUGUUAUUUGUGCACCCAAAAGUAUUGAUCCAUGGCAGUUCUGGCUGCAUGCCAAAUACAGGCUUGGGUUCAUAGUUCUUUAACUUCAUGUCAAGUUUCUUCAGACCUGAUUAGCCUCAUGGUGGUAAUACUGGAGUUCCCUUUUCUUGAGUGCUAUUAUGUUUUUUUAUUAGCUGUUAAGCUGACAGCUGGGAUUUCUCAUUGCAAAGUGGCUGGUCCAUGCUUGGGCUACCCCUGUCCUGUAUGAGUAUUUACUAGCCUUUAGAGCACGUAUGAACCACUAAUUUGUUAAUCCAAUAAUUUUCAUCUUGGUUGGAAAUGGAGUUUGACAGACUUGUAUUUACUGGGUCUUAAUCAAGCCAUUAUAGAUAAUGAGGUCUAGAGGUUACAGCAUUAUAAACUGAAGUUUUAUAUUUUGGAUGUCAUCACUCAAUGAUUUCUUUGAUACUGGAACUGUACCAGUGUUUAAACUAGUUAAUGAGGGCAAAAAGUACAUUUUCAUUGCUGCCUUGUGUUUUGGGUGUAGUGAGGAGACUGGUUCAUCUAGCUUCUUUGUGAAAAUAGAUGUUUUGCUUAUCUAUGAGUAAUUGAGUCUACAGUUCCUUUAUGUGCAAAACUCAAUGGGCACUGUGUGCAUUUAGGGUCUGAUAAAAUUGUCAGACUCGCAUCAACUUCAUGAGAGGUUGGAUCAAGCCCACAAAGAUGGCAGGAUCAGGAAAAAUGCAGAAAAGUUUCUUCUUCGUAAAUGAAAUACUCUGCCAAGAUUUGCAGAAUAAAUAUUGCCAAUAUACAAGAAACCAGAUUGUUUAAUACAGGAUUAAAUUCUUAAAUGGCUGCUGAUGCAGAAAAGCAGAAGUAUUACACUGAGGUCUUGUCUACAUGGCAGUGCAGUGUGAAUUGGAGUAUGCUCUAAUUGUCCCACGUAGAUGAUGCUGGUGUGAACUAGGAGGUACCUACUUAACACUGCUGUAGCCCUAUUUAAAACAGGGUGAAGUACUAAGUUCACACAAGCAGGGUAUACAGGGGUCAGAGCACAAAUUAGCAUGUUCUGCAGUUCACACCCCUGUCAGUACUGCAGUGUAGACAAGCCCAGUAUAUACAGCCAGGUAUCCUGUACAGAAGUGCUUACUAAUACCAGUUUUCAUGAGGUCUAAAUUAACCCUCAAAUAGAAGUGCCUGUAUUUCUGUGUUGCUUGUUGCCAUUCUUUAUCUUCUCAGUCAUAGCCCACCCCACACCCCCUUUUCAAUUCUUGACGUCAGAUUUGAGGAACACAGGUUUACAGGGCAGCACUGUGGCAGAAACAAUGUAAUCGUUUUACUUACAUCUACUGGAAGAAAACAAAUACACAAAGCAGGUGGAAAAAUCAUUUAAGGGAUCAUGUGAUGCCAUAGACUUGUCCGAUUUAAUACCAUCAAGCACUGUGGUUAUUAGAGAGCCAGAAAUAAAAUAUCUAUCAAGUCAUUUUAAAUAGUGACAGAUGGCUUUGAGGGCUUGUGUAUUCCAUUUGUGUGUAAAGCAUCCUUUUAUUUUUCUUGCACUGUAAUGAACUUGAAGUGAAAUUAAAUUAAACUCUUGUCAUUGAACAGCA